AUGGCACGAGUCUCCGACCUCAUUCGAGACUCGAAACUGGACACCUAUUUCCUCCCGGACUAUAGGGUGGAGACAGUCCAUAGGUUCGAAGAGUCAGAUCCAUCCUCGGGACGGCGAUUAGUGACGAGAUCGGAGCACUGGCGACCACACAGAAGAAUUGGACGAGGUGGAUUCGGUAGUGUCUGGCUGGAAAAGCGCAGUCAAGGGGGACGCCGAAGCUACAAUCAGGAUGUCACAGUCCGAGCCGUGAAGCAGAUUGAUCUGGACACCCAGCAUGGCUCGAUUGACUAUAAUCGGGAAUUGGAAGCGAUUGCCAAGUUCUCGCAUGCUCGCUAUGAGCGGUGCUUCGUCAAGUCCUUUGGAUGGUAUGAAUGCCCCGGGAAGCUCUUCAUAGCAAUGGAAUACCUCGAAAAUGGCGACCUCUUCGGAUAUCUACACCAGAGACCACCCCUUCCCGAAAGCGAGGCCAAAGAAAUAACAUACCAGAUCCUCGAGGGACUGGGUAUGAUGCAUGAAAAUGGAUUUGCCCAUCGAGACUUAAAACCAAAUAACAUCCUGGUCAAAUCGCACCCUCCAGCAGAAUGGUGGAUCAAACUUGCCGACUUUGGUCUCACUAAGCGCAUCGAGGAGAGCCAUGCAAAGCUUUCUACGGUGAAGGGAACCCCCCGAUACUUUGCCCCUGAGCUAUGGGGAUUCGUUGAGCGAGGCGGUGCCUAUGCAACUGACAUGUGGGCUCUCGGGGAAACAACCUUUGAGAUGCUCUCCAAGAAACCAGCAUUUGAAACCCCUGGGAUGCUUGCCGGUUUUAAGUCCCCGCGGCAGUUUCCGGUCGACAUUCUGGUCAAAGCUGGCGUCAGCCAACCAGGCAUUGACUUCGUGGCUUCACUCAUGCGACCUUGUCCCAGCGACAGACCGACAACAGAAACGGCCAAGUUGAAUAUAUGGAUUCAAUCGGCGAUAGCACCAGCAAGCGAGUCUAUCGCGAGUUCGAAAAGCGAGCCACAAAGAUCCUCGAAUGUUGAAGACGAGCUGGCUAAGGGGCUCAUGUCGUGGAGCAUCAAAUCCCCCUACAAGGGGGAAGAACCUACCAUUCAAGAUACCGUGCUUGGCCCAACUACACAACUACGCUGGAGGAGUGCCAUCCAAAAAAAGGUUGGCAUGGCACAGGAGGAUGCCGCACCUGAUAUAUCAACACUACGCACCGUGAAAAGCCUGCCCAAGCCACCCAAGUCAGCUGCACCUGAGUCUAUACAUUGGUAUCAGACCAGACCUGAUCUACAGCGCUAUAUGAACGCCGUCCGCGCGGUAGCCUUUUCACCAGACGCGCGCCAGCUGAUAUGCACCUCCAGAAAGUCAAGGAUGUCGUGGGAUUUAGCAUCUGGAAAUGUUUACGAGAACUCCAGGAUUUGCUCAAAUCUAUACAAAUCAAAGCUCUCCUCUUCUUCAGCGCUGGCGUACUCACCAGACAACACGCUUUGGGCCUGUGGUGUCGGGCUCCAUAGUCUGCAUUCAGGGAACGUGUUGGUAUUUGAUACGGGAACCGAGAUUCUACAGAAGGAGCUUGGCCAUCAAGGAUGGGUCACUUCUUUGGCUUUCUCCUACGACAAUGAAUACCUAGCGUCUGCCGCUACAAAUGACGAAAUUCGAAUUUGGAACCUGGCGACUCUCGAAUACGCAUGGAAGCUUCCAAGUCACUGUGACCACGUCAAGUCGGUGGUCUUUUCGCCUGAUGGUCGGCUAUUGGCAUCUGGGUCUGCAGAUGGAAUGGUUCGGGUAUACGAUCUGGCGACUGAAAGUCUACAAUCGACGUUCGAGGGUCAUUUGGGACCUGUCAACAUGGUGGUGUUUUCACCCAACGGGCAGCUGCUAGCAUCUUGCUCCAGUGAUUGCAAAGUCAAGCUAUGGAACUUGAAAAAGAAAGCUCUGCACCAAACGCUUCGAGGGCAUGGCUUUGAGGUUACCUCCGUCGCAUUCUCUUUCAACAGCAAGAUGAUCGCGUCCGCCUCUACGAAUGGGACAAUGCGGGUUUGGUAUGCGGCAAGACCUAGCUAA